CUGUUCACGGUAAGGUGGUUAUCGGGUUAUGUGAUUAUUAGAUUAAAAAUAACCUCUAUGCUCCGUGAACAUCCUAUGUAUGGUUAUUUGCUUAUUUUUACACAAACAGCUGUUCAUUGUUUAGAAUUUUAGUUCAAUGAAAUUCCUACUUAUAAAAUGCCUAAACAAAGUUUAAAAAGCAAAAUAAUGGAAUUUAAAAUAAGUUCUGCUAUUCAGGAAAUGGACUUUAUUGAAGACAUCUUGCGCCCUGAACAGUGUCACAAUGCAACGGAUGAAGUAUUAGAAGAACUGUUAGAGGAUAUAACUUUAAUCAUCUGUAGUAGACGGGGAGAUGAACUCCAUGUUCCGAAAUCUAUUCAUUGGCGAGAAAAUGUUCUGUGCUUUGUUGCUUUGACGAUGGAGAUUUUUACAAAUGCUGCGCGUCAGCAAAUGCCAAUUCGCUCAUCUCCUAUUUUUUGAUGCUUCGUGAUGCUUUUUAUUUCGGUUCUAAUUUGCUGAUUGUAAACA